AUGAUUGGUAGAUGUCAUGAUUUUCGGUUCUGUGUGUUUCAUGGCAGACAUCGCGGCGGGGGGGGCUUCGACGAAGACGAGGAUGCGUACUUGGUGCCCUCUGACUGGGAAGAUGACGAUGAUGACGAGGACUGGAACGCCGGUGGUACCUCAGGCAGGCGGGCGAGGGAUCUACAGAAGAACCUCACAGCGUCUCGAGGGGCAAAAGGUGCUGCUGCUAGCUCCAGCGGCAAAGGCAAGACGGCCAGCAAGCAGCAACAAAAGCAGCAACAACGCGCUGGCGCCGCAAACACGGACGACGACGACGACGACGAUGAGGACGGCAAUGAUUCCAUGCUCAUGAACCUCAAGGACUGCAGGGACAUGCAGCUCAAGCCGCAGCACACCGACCGUCCCAUCUGGGUGCUCCCCGACGGGCACAUCUACCUCGAGGCCUCCUCGCCGUAUUACCACCAGGCGUAUGACUUCUUGGUUGCGAUCGCGGAACCCGUGUCUCGGCCGGAGUUCGUGCACGAGUACAAGCUGACCCCCUACUCCUUGUAUGCUGCGGUCGCUGUGUCCAUCGACACCGACAGCAUCGUCAAGGUGCUCAACAGGUUGUCAAAGACUCCCGUCCCUGACAGCGUGGAGACGUUCAUCAGGGCGUGUACGGUGAGCUACGGCAAGGCCAAGCUCGUCCUCAAGCACAACAAGCACUACAUAGAGUCUCCAUUUCCAGAGGUACUUCGAGAGCUGCUCAAGAAUCCAACGGUAAGCCAAGCCCGUCUCGGCGAAGAGGAAGAGGAGGAGGUUGCGCCGCCACCAAAAACAGGCGGGACGAACAAGACAGCCGCGGCGGGGGGUGCCGCGGCAAGUGGUGCGGGGUCAGCAGCAACGGCAGCAGCAGCAGCUGCAGGGGGGGCGCGUGGUGGUGGCGGGGGCGCCAGGGGGGGGGCGGCUGGCGAUGGAUUCACGUUGACGGAUGCCCCGCAAGAGAUGGACGUGAACCUGGAGUACAAGGAGCUGGCCCGCGAGGGGGAUGGGGACGAUGCUGACCCGGAUGUGAUGAUGGGCACGCAGCCGGGUGGAGCGCUGAAGAACGUGGCGUUUCGGGUGAAAAACAGUGAGGUGGAGCACGUGAAGAAGGCGGCGAACGACAUGGAGUACCCUCUGAUGGAGGAGUACGACUUCCGGAACGACACCUUGAACCCUCCUCUUAAGAUCGACCUCAAGGCCAACACUCGCAUCAGGGCCUACCAGGAGAAGUCCUUGAGCAAGAUGUUUGGAAACGGAAGGGCUCGCUCAGGCAUCAUUGUGUUGCCGUGUGGAGCAGGCAAGACGUUGACUGGGGUGACCGCCGCGUCUACCAUCAAGAAGAGCUGCCUCGUGCUCUGCACCAGCGGCGUCAGUGUGUUACAGUGGAAGUACCAGUUUCAGUUGUGGACGGACAUCGCGGAGAAGGACAUCUCCUGCUUCACUUCCGACAUCAAGGAAGCCAUCAACGAAGAGGCCGGCGUGCUGAUCACGACUUACAGCAUGAUCAGCUUCGCGGGACAGCGUUCGGAGAUCGCCAAGAAGAUCAUUGACACCAUCACCAAGCGCGAGUGGGGUUUCAUGCUACUCGACGAGGUGCACGUGGUUCCGGCACGCAUGUUCCGGAAAGUGCUGAGCGUGUGCAACGCCCACUGCAAGCUGGGGCUGACCGCUACCCUCGUGCGAGAGGACGACUUGAUCUCCGACCUCAACUUCCUCAUCGGGCCCAAGCUCUACGAGGCCAACUGGAUGGAUCUAACCCAGAGUGGAUACCUCGCGAACGUGCAGUGCGUGGAGGCUUGGUGCCCCAUGACGGCGGAGUUCUACUCCGAGUACCUCAAGCCUGGGGUCACCGCUCGACAGAAGCAGCUGCUGUACAUCAUGAACCCCAACAAGUUCAGGACUUGCGAGUACUUGGUGCGGACCCACAUGGAGAGGAACGACAAGGUUAUCAUCUUCGGAGACAACGUGUUCUCCCUCAAAAAGUUCGCCACGAUCCUACAAAUCCCGUUCAUCUACGGCGCUACGCCAGAGAGCGAACGAUCGCGUAUUCUGGGGACGUUUCGGGUGAAUCCCCUGGUGAACUGCAUCGGCCUAUCCAAGGUGGGAGACACGUCGAUCGACAUCCCGGAGGCGAACGUCAUCAUCCAGAUCUCGAGCCACUUCGGUAGCCGUAGGCAGGAGGCUCAACGGUUGGGGCGGAUUUUACGACCGAAGUCCAACGUCGACGGUGGUUUCAACGCGUUCUUCUACACGCUGGUCAGCACAGACACGUCGGAGAUGUACUACUCGUCCAAGCGGCAGCAGUACCUCGUUGACCAGGGCUACACCUUCAAGGUGGUGACGGACCUCGCAAAUGCGUCGGAUCGGUCGCAAAGCAAGCUCCCAGACCGCAAGUCUGAGCUCCGGGUUCUGCAGGAAACGCUCAUGGCCAAGACGGACCAGGAAGAGAAGGACGAGAAGAAGAUGCUAGAUAGGGAUAUGGACGACAUCGGAGAGGGAUCUGCAAGGGGCACGGUGAUGCGACGGAAGGGUAACUUGGGAGCGCUUUCGGGAGCGGACGGGUCAAGGUACAUGGAGUACGACUCGAGGCCACCGCCAAAGAAACACCCCUUGUUCAAGUCGAGAUACGUCAAGAUGUGAAUCUGUCCAUCUGUCUGAUUUUGGUUGUUUCUCUGGUGGUUGCUACGAGAACCCCCCUAUGUUCAAGCCGUGAUGCGCCCGUUUCUCAGAUGGGCCGCUUCGCUUGUUGGGUAAAAAGCGCGUGAUUAGUCGGCUGAAUCGCCCGUUAUGCGUCUGAUGGCGGGCUGGAUCGCCUCCGUUCACUUGCUGUCUACUUAUGUUUCUGUGUCGUCCACCUUUGCCUGUGUGCAGUGUUCUAGCGGGUAGACUUCUGAGGGUGUGAUAGUGUUGGCAGCAGUGGGGCACACAUAAAGCUCCCGUGGCACGCCAAACGUGACCCCGUGUUAUGAUUCUCCGAUUUGUCAAAAGGGGUAGUACUGCGUUUGACUGUGUGUAACGGAUAGACACAACGCGAGACACCCCACCUGCAGGAGAAAUACCGAAAAGAUGCGGAAUUUACAGUUGCUCUUGGGGGAAUACCGUACUCCGGCAAGCACCGGCGAAAAAAAUUUGGGCGUUGCCGUUG